AUGAGACAGCAGUGGAGGCAGACAGAGUUUCUCAUUAUUGACAAAAUUUCAAUGGUAUCUUAUCAAAUGCUGUGUAUGAUUGACGCACGAUUAAGACAACUUAAAAAUCAUGAAGACGAGUUCUUUGGAAGCAUAAACGUUUUACUUUUUGGAGAUCUGUUACAACUGCCUCCAAUCAAACGCUCCGGAGCUCCUGUUUUCAAACAGCCCGAUCAUCUCCAACCAGCCACACAUCUAUGGCGUUUGUUCACGCUCUGUGAGCUGACGGAGAAUAUGCGUCAGCAAGGGGACCAUACUUUUAUUGAAAUAUUAAAUGCUUUGAGAAUAGGUGAGCUAACCGCUAACCAUUUUAGUAUUUUGAUGCAAAGAGUUAUUCAAAACCCAAGUGAUGAGUUUGCAACAGACAAAGCGUUAAGGGUAUACACUACUAAUCAGCAAGUAAACAAUCACAACGCUGCUGUUUUAAAUCUGUUCCGGAAUAAGGGAUCUCGAAUUUAUACCAUUAAAGCACAGGACCAAUUAAUUGACGCCACACGAAAUACAGAUACUUUAAAUUUAGCAAAUAUAAUACCAACAGAUAUAAAUAAGACUGGAGGCUUACCAUCAGUACUUGAAAUAUUUGUAGGAGCAAAAUUAAUGUUGCGGUCCAACAUUGACGUUACAAAAGGAUUGAAAAACGAAAAGCAUAACCUUGCUGGGGACCGAGAUGUGUUGGUAGUUCAGGACAAAAUCAUCGAGCAAGUCUCACAAUUCAAAUACCUGGGUAUGGAUCGAGCCACCAUGAUUCAGCGAAGGACUUUAAGAAGCCAGAUCAACAAAGCGACUGCCAUGUCGGGCUGCUUAAGGCAAACAAUAUGGGCGAACGAAUACAUGAGAUGGGAUAGCAAGAAGGGAAACCAACAGGGAAAAGAGAACCUGGAAGACCACCUAAGAGAUGGAAGGACAGCUGGCAGUCCACCUCCCAAGAACUGUUACAGAGGACCCAUCAAAAUUAACAGAUCGCGAGAUCUUAAAAAUGAACAAGAAGAAGAAGAAGAAGUAUAG